GCUUUCCGACCAACGCUUAAACUUUUCACUUCAGAUGUAAGGGUGCGUGCACAGAGAAAGCAGGUUUGCCCGCGCGGGCAACCGGCGGCGACCUGCGCCGAGAAUUAAAUCCUAUAAACAAGUGUAGGAAACUAGGCGUGCACAAAGGAAGCAGGUUGGAGCGGGUCGGCGCCUGGGCAGCCUGCUUCAACCUGCUUUCCGUUUCCGGUUUGCUGGGAUCAUUCUUGCCUGCUCAAUACGCGCGGGUAGACGCUACUGACUGGAGGGCAGGAUGGAUGUUGAGCUCCUCAUAGCCAAAGUUUAUGAGAGACAGCCAGUGUGGAAUAAGUGGAAUAAGCAGCACGCCAAGAGGAAUGUGGUGGAUAAGAUGUGGGCUGAAAUCAGCCACGAAUUGAAGUGUGAAGAGACACUGGCUAGAAAAAAAUGGAAAUAUCUCAGAGACCAGUUUGCUGUUGAGCUUGGGAAAAUUCCACCAGGUCGAUCAGGUGAUGUCGCAGGUGACGCUCCCACAUCAAAGUGGCAGUAUUUCGAGUUACUGCUUUUCCUGAAAGACGUCGUGAAAGCAAGAGCUUCAACUGGAAAUUUAUCAGGUGUGCUAACCAGUCAUGCUGUUGUAACCUCAUUACCAAAAUCACCUCAAGUAAGAUACCAAAUGGCUACCGUGGAGCCUACUUUGGGUACGGAGGAAGGUGCGUCUUCAUCUCAUACUAAAGACAUACAUGAACGCAAAGAUGAAGUUAGGGAAAAGCAAUGGUUCACUUCACCUGCCACCCGUCGGAAGAAAAAGGGAGCUAGCAAACGCUCUAAAACAGAUGACUACAAUCACAGCAUCUUGGAUAUUGAACAACAAAGAAUAAAGUACUUGAAAGAAAAAAUAAAUCACAAGGAAGACAAAGAAGAUGAUGAGGAUCAGAUGUUCUUCAAAAGUUUAUUACCUCAUGUUAAAAGAAUUCCUGCUGUGCAGAAGCUGACAUUCAGAAGCCGCCUACAAGAACUUGUACAACAAUUUGCAUAUCCAGUACCUGAAAUAUCGCCCCUUCCAGAUACCCACGAUUCCUCUUCCUCAGCUUCUGCUUAUACUGCACAAGUGUCUCCUUAAUUACUCCUAUGCCCACUCUCCUGUAGAGUCUCAAUUUCGUGCCACAGAAAUGACUUCACAACCUGUGUAUAGUACAAUAACAGUCUUAGUAUUGCACAUAUGUCUGUACUGGGAGAAAUGCUUGUUUUGUGUUAAUGUUUUGUUAUGAGGAUUAAUGAUAUCUGUAUCUUUACUUUAUUCUGUUUAUCAGUCUUAUACAAUAUAAACUGUAAAAUCCAAAUAAAAUUAUUUUUUCCCUA